CCCCAUGCCAAGAACCAAUUUGUGGAUGCUCUAGCAACUUUAGCCUCAAUGAUCCAAAUCUCCAGUGGUGACACAAUCAAGCCUUUGAUGAUUGAGAUCAGCCAAGAACCGGCACAUUGCAUGGAAAUCAAGGUUGAUGACAAACCUUGGUUUCAUGAUAUUAAGCAAUUCUUACAAAAUGGGGAAUAUCUUCUUCAUGCUUCUGAGCCAAAGGCCAUCAUUACUGAUAACGCAAACAAUUUAAACAAUGACAUGAUGACUAUGCUAUGCAAGCAAUUCAAGAUCAAGCAUAUGAACUCUUCUCCAUACCAACCAAAGAUGAAUGGUGUGGUAGAAGCUACCAAUGAGAAUAUUAAGAAGAUUCUAGCUAAGAAGAUAGUCACUUACAACGAUUGGCAUGAAAUGUUGCCAUAUGCUCUCCAUGCUUAUAGAACCUUUGUUUGCACCUCAACUGGGGCAACCCCUUAUCCUUUGGUAUACGGAAUGGAGGCAAUACUACCAAUUGAGCUAGAAAUUUCUUCCAUGAGAAUCUUAUCUGAGUCAAGGAUUGAUGAAUAAGACUUGAUUUAGAAAAGGAUAGACCAUCUCAACUUGCUUCAUGAGAAAAGAUUGGCAGCUUUUUGUCAUGGCCAAUCUUAUUAGCGACAAAUAACAACAGCUUACAAUAAGAAGGUCAAAUUUAG